AUGGGCGGACAUGCUGUUUAUUGCGCCUUGUGCUGUGCGCCUAUCCACGAACACGAUUCGUGGGGAGACUCCCAUUGUGGCAGUGACGACGGCAGCGACUCUGCAUGUGAUAUUGUUGACAAAGAAUGGAUGGGUGAAUUUGCAAUUAUUGCUCGAGACCUCGAAACACAAGAUUACGACUGCCAAGGUCCUCAGUCAUUUGCAGCACCAAUUCACGUCGAUUGCUUUGAAAUCCUUCGGGACGCUUAUAAACCACGAGAAGUUUUUCUCUUGGCUCUUUACGACACUCUUGCGAACUAUUGCUCUCCUGAAAGGGAUAAAGGCUAUUCAAAUUCGCUGGACUUUGACUAUGGCCUGCCACCUGGAACUUUUGGAGCCAAUGCCAAUAACGAAUUCGCGCUCGUGUCACCAAGUCGCAUUGAUGAAAGUAUGGAAGAUAUGGUUGAGGAGCUUUUCAGAAAGUCACGUAAAUCUAAGAAACCGAAGAACGAAAAUGCGCAGCAGUCCUCUCUUCAGAACGACGACGGCAAGAAGGUGUCUCCUUCGACAAUAUACGGUGAUAUGCCAUGGGCAAAGUGCUAUCUUCCGUGUACCAAUGAGAUGCGAAAACGCAGACUUGAUUGGGAAAAACUCUACAAGAAUCUUGACCUCCUCGGAAAUGGCCUAGGGGAGGGAAAUUUCGAACCCAACGUCAGAAUGCACCUUCAGAAUCGGUGCCGAAUCUGGGGCGUGUGUACUCGAUUUUUGGAGGAGUUCUCGGCCGGGGAACCCAAAAAGAACCCCGUGGCUGGGAAGAAAGAUACCAAGCAGACUAACAAGAUUCUCAAGGGCGCAGUCUCCAGUCCCAUGCCACUCUUGACAUUCCCGGCCGAGUCUAAAACGACCUAUGCCAGCGUCAACCUCGUCAAUAAAAUGGACGAUGUAGAGACAGCUGAGCCUGUGAUUAGGACCAUUGGGUCAAAGGAUCUAUUUCACUCGAGUGAAGACGCAAAGAUCCCAAAGGACGACUGGCUAGUAGCAGUUUUGAUCACGACGAAAGAAAUCCCCGGCAAGACUAGUCCCAAGCUCAUGCGACGGAAGGUUGUAGACAUCAGGUUUGUCUUUCUGUACGACAACUUUAAACAACUCGGUCAAGCUGAAGGAGAUGUCCAAGUUUUCGUCCCCAAGAAGUGGCAGAUUGUGGUUUCCAUCGGCGGUUCAUGGGCUCCUAGAAAACCCUUGGGAAAGCGGGUUCUUCUGCAACGAGAUAUGGAAGAGGUACCUUCUCCUGCCUUCUCUCGCAUCGGGCUAGACAGGAUUGGCCCUUUUGAUGAAACUCCAAAGAAGUUUCAACCCGACCAUAGAAUUGCAAACUUUCUCUGGAGAGGUCAGGUCCCUACUGAGCCCGAAAUCUGGCCUUCUUACCCUUCACGGCUGGAUCCUUUGAUGCCAACGCCUGUAGAAGCGUUGCUAUUUAAGAACACGAUUGAUGAUUGGGACUACAAAAUCGUUAUUGGGGUGGACGUUCAGUUUCGUGGGUUUGAAGUGAGACACGAAUAUAAAGACAAAACAAUUCGACAGUCCAUCGGUAUUACCACAGCUAUGCAUUAUUUUGUCAUAGAACGUAGCGAGAAGAUCACAAAAUGCUUUGUCACUGGCAAGCAUAAAAUCGAGGGCAUACGCUUCGUAACAAACAAGGGACGACAUUUCAUCAUUGGAAGACCUGGGCAAAUUGAGAAGAGUCUUGCCAGAGAAGGGAGGAAUGGGGAGACUAUCCAAGGUUUCCAUUGCCAUUGGUCUAACAAAAACACCCCCAAUAGCACUUUGACGUCCUUUGGCGUAUUCACGUUCGACGAUGACACUGCGUGGACAGGGGAAGAGCGCGAGGAUAAGGGCUUUGAGGGAUUCUACUGGAUUCCAAACCGUCCCCAAACCGCAUAUCCAUUCGCCGCAGUUGGGCCAAUUCAAGGCCAAACAGACAAGAUCCAAAGACUGCGUUAUCGUGGUGUUGGUGUACCGAGUCCACAGGCAGUUGUGACGUGGCUCGACAGCUCAAAACCACUCGAAACUAUCUCUAUCACGAUGUGUCACAGCACGACGACAGAGCUACUCAUGAUGACGUCCAUGACUUUCGAGUACGACGAAGGCCAUGAACCAAUGUCCUUCGGACCAUCGCCCAUCUCUUCACCAGACCAUGAGAAAGAUGUCAAUGAAUGGCACACAAAUGGAGCUUAUCUGAAAAUUCUUCGUUUAUGGGUCGACAGCAUAGGGGUCCUAACCGGCCUGCAGUUUGUGGCUCAAGAAUCCGAGAGUCAGAAGUGGGGUUUCUGUGAAGGCGAACAGUCUGCUGAGCUGGACCUGCAGACCAAGGAAGAAACAAUGGCAGGAAUCAAGUUCUUCCUUGACUCGAAUGGGAGAAAUGAUGUUAGCGAAGAUACCGUUGUUGUAGCUGUUCAGCUGAUGGAGAUGCAAAAGCCAGCCCCGAAACCUCCUAAGAUGAAGAGUUACAAGGUUCCAAAAUCUCGACGUAUUCAGAAUUAUCGACAUUGA